AUGAAGGUGGCCUACUUUUUGUCCGCUCUGGACUUGCUCAUUAUUUUCAGCUUGUACUUGGGUGGGACGUGUAGCGGCUUCGCGGACAUUGCUCCCUGUAUAAGACAUGGUCGCAUUUUGGGCGAAUCGGGUGAGGAGAACGGCGGUUUGAGCGGUGGUUCAAGCGGUGGUGCGAGUGGCGAUGGGAGUGACACCACGAACGCUGCCGCCAAUGCUGCCGCCGAUACUGCCGCCGAUUCUGCCGCCGAUUCUGCCGCCGAUUCUGCCGCCGAUGGUAUCGCCAACGGGGCUUCCAACGGUGAUGCAAGUGGCGGUCCUAGCCCCCCCGCGGGGAACAGUGGCAGUGAGGGAAGCGACCCAGUGAACUCACAGACUCCUCCCAGCGCCUCGCCAACGAGGAACUCGCAGAAUACCCCUCCAUGUAGCGGAGGCCAAACGGGUGACCACAAUGGAGAGGCAGCAAAUGGAAAUUACGACGAGCUGGGAGACGAGGAGGACGGUGAAGAAUACGAAGAUGAAGAGGAUGAUGACUCGUACGAUUUAAAUGAACUGGACGAAAAUGAAAAUUUAUGUUUGGACAAUAAUGGUGGAUGUGGAAAUGACAAAAUAUGUGAAGAUUUAGGGAAGGGGAUAGUGAAGUGUUUGUGUAAGCCGGGGUAUAAGCUGGUUGGCACGGAGUGUGUGGAGUCAUCAAAAUCGUCUUCGUUGAAUUCGUUUUUCUGUUGGUUUCUGCUUCUGAUUAUUGUUUUGGCUUCCAUAAAUUAG